AAUAAAUGGAAACAUUCAAAUAAUAUUUCGAUGGUGUCUCAUGUUGCAAUUCCAAAUUUCCAUGACAAAGGCACAAUAGUUUUCGGACUCGUUCUUUAUAGAGAAACAGAUAUCAUCUACAAUAAAAAUUUAUAUUCUAUUGCUCACAAAAUCGAAGUAGCUCAAUUAGUAGGACGUAAAGUGACACAACAAUGGUUUAAUAACAUGAUGAACAAUCCGUCAGUGUCGGAUUUUUGGUUUAAACAAGGUCUUAUUACAUUGCUUGCAACGUAUGCUGUCAAUGAGACUUAUCCAGAUUAUCGAAUAAUAAAUUUAUUUGUUGUUCAAAAUCAACAUUACUCUUUUAAUUUGGAUGGUGAUAAUCAUAUGUGGCCUUCUACUUCACAAAUUAACAGUUCAUUGAAAAUUCCCAAUUCUAUCAGAG